AGCAAGUCGUUGCUUUAGCGGCUGGUACCUCAAAAUCAAAACAGAGGGGAUGUUUUCGUAUUAAACCUCGAGAAAUCGCAAAAUAUAUUACAGAUUUUGCUUUUACUCUGUCCGGUCGACAUACCGGUUAUCUCUGUUUGCCUGACAGACGACUGAGAAGUAUCUAAACAUCGACUGAGAUGGAGGAGCCUAGUGGUACCGGAGGAGAGUCUCCAGCUCCAUCACCAGCAGGUGCAUCCAAGUCGAAGCUGGACACACUGCCCAAAGAUGACCUUAUCAAGUUUGCAAAGAAGCAGGUGGCUCUCAUGCAGAAGAUGAAGGGCAGAUGUGGAGCUUUGGAAAAAGAAGUGGAAUCCCUCAAACAGCAAUCCAAAAACAAGAAUGGCAGUUCAGAUGACUCCACUCUGAUACAGGAGUUGACUGAGAGGAUGGAUGCCUUACUGCUGGAGAAGGCUGAAACUCAGCAAAGUCUUUCAAUUUCUCGUAAAGAUCUAGAGAAGACUAAGCUGCAAGCCAAGGAUGAUGUAGCAGUGCUGCAAGGAGAGCUUGACCGUGUGAUAGAAGAUCACCAAAGAAAGAUCACAAACCUGGAAAGCACAAUUGAAGAGUCCAACAACAAACACCAAGAAGAGAUGUCUUAUUUCCAGAAAUUGCUUAAAGAGCGAGAAGAAAGUGACAGGGAGAGGGAGAGUGAAAGAGAGAGGGAGCGCCAGGCUGAAAAUGCCAGCGCAAAAGAGAGCACUGAAGAGGUCAGCCGUUGCUUAGAAGCACAACUGGAAACACUUCGAUCUGAACUGGAAGCAAUCCAAGAGCAAAGAUCCAAGGAGAUCGCUGAGCUGCAGGAGAACCACCAAAAGGAGUUCACGAAGGCCCAGCAGGAGGUGGAGAACCUGAAGGAGGAGCUUACUCAGAAGGGUCUGCAGCACGAGGAGGAGAUGAGGGCGCUGGAGGAGGACUGUGAGAUCGAGAGGGACCGUCUCCUGCUGCUCCACGAGGAGCUGACCGAGCAGCUCGCUCUCAAAGACAGCUUCCUGCAGGAUGUGCAGGAGGAGGACGAAGAAGCACCCCGCAGUUUAGGGAUCGCUAAAAUGCUGGAGCUGUCGACCUGCAGUCAGGGUGAGUCCACCCAGAGUGAGGGAGAGGAGACAGAAACCGGGAGAGUGAGAGCACCCAUGGAAGACCUGCAAGCCCAGAACACCAUGUUACAGGACGAGCUCACCCUGCUCAGUAAUGUGAAGGGUGAGCUCGAGGCAGAGCUGGAGAAAACCAAGGAGGAGUUCCAGACGGAGAAAGAAGAGAUGGAGUUUAAAAUCAAUGAAUUGCAGAUGAACAAGGAAAUUCUUCCCAGUGAUUUAUCCAUAACCCUGAACCCUGACCAGCAGGAUGCAGAGUUACAGCAACACAGUGAAGCACUCCAAGAUGGAAGUGAAGAGUCAGCAAUAGCUCCUGAAGACCAACAUCUCUUGAAUCCAGAGGAGCUGAGGGCCAAAUGUGAAGCUUUGACCACCGAGAGAGACUCUGCCGCGACUGAGUGUCAACACAUGAGAGAAGUACUGCAAGGUGUGGAGAGAGAACUGGGCGAGAAGACACAGGAUUUUGUUCUUCAGUACCAAGCCAUGAAAGAGCAGGGGGCCAAUACAUUACAGGAACUCCAAGACAAGAUGGAGCAACUCAGCCAGGAGAGGGAUGAACUAAAUGUGAAGAUGAAUCAGAUCACAGAGGAGAAAGACACUCUGAUGAAUAACCUACAAGACCUGCAGCUGAAGCUUGAAGACUCCUCAGGUGAAGACCAGAAACUCCAGUCGUCUGUGGAGGAACAAACUGCUUUAGUUUCUGAGCUGAAGCAAUCUGUGGAGGAACUGAGCAGGCAGAACGAGGAGAUCCUCUCCCAGCUGCACAUGAAGGAAAACAUGACCCAAGACCUGAAAGAGAUGGUGAACACACUGACUGAAGAGCGGGACAGAAUAGCAUCCCAGCUUCAGCACAGAGAAGAGGAAAUGGAGAAGCUGAACAACAAGAGAGAGACAGAAAUCCAGAGGCUGCUGGAGGAAAAGGAGAAGGAGGCGCUUGUGUGCAGAGGGGACAAAGAGCAGGAGUUGAAACUUCUUGAAAAAGAGAAGGAGGAUGAAGUGCAACAUCUAAAAGAGGAGAGGGAAAGGAUGCAGGAGAGCCUGGAAGAGGAGAUGGAGAGAAGGCAGGAGACAGCUUCUGCUUUGGAGCUGACAAUCAGAGACCGCUCCACAGAGAAGGCUGACCUCCAACAGCAAUUGGAAGAGGCCUCUACUGGCCUUUCCAAAGCCCAGGAAACAGGGGAGCUUUUGGCCUCCAAGCUGGCAGACCUGGAGGCUCAGCUGGAGCAAGAAACAUCUGAAAAGAAUCUCCUAGAAGCUAAGUUAAAUACACUGACGGAAGACACAGAACAGGCCCGCGCCACCAUCACAGCUCUGGAGGAAACUCACUCUGAAGCGCUCAGAAACUCCACCGAGGAAGUUGAGGGGCUCCGAUCACGUGUGGGUGAGCUGGAAAAGGAGAGGGAACUGUUGAGGAGCAGCGUGCAGGAGUGUGAAGGGGCCGUAGGAUCAGAGGAGGUGGAGAAGGAGCUCCAUGCUCGUAUCGCAGACCUGGAACAGGAGAGGAACAUGUUGAGAAACAACCUGGAGGAGGUGGUGAAGGACACUGAAGGUCUGCAGAAAGACCUGGAGGACAUGAAAUCAGUCAAUGAGAAGAUUCAUGAGGAGAACCAGAGACUGCAGACUCGCAUCUCUCUGGUGGAUCAGGAGAAAGAGGAGGAGAAGGAGGAAGGGGAAAUGGAGAGUGAGAUGGAGAGUUUGGAAAAGCAGAGAACAGAGCUCAAAGACCAGCUGACGGAGAAGGACUCCCUCAUAGCUCAGCUGAGAGGCGAGAUCGCAGCGCUGCAGGAUUCUGCCGUCCUGUUGGCUUCCUCUGAGGAAAAUGCAGCCAGUGAGACCACAAAGAAAAUAGCUCUCCUGGUGAAAGAGCACAAGGAGAAGGACGAAAAGAUGAACAAAAUCAAAGCAGUUGCCAUUAAAGCAAAGAAGGAGCUGGAAAUCAGUAAGAAAGAGGUUGCCUCUCUCAAGGAGAAAGUAGAGUCACUGAAAGCAGAGAAGGCGAAAGUGAGCAGCUCUAUGAAGGAUAUCAUCCAUGGUGCUGAAGGCUACAAGAACCUGCAGAUAGACUACGACAGGCAGACAGAGCAACUGGAUAAAGAGAGGGAGAAGGUGGAGGAGGCGGAGAGACAGAUUGCUGAGCUGACCAAACGAUUCAGCAGUGCUGUCACACAGAUUGAAACGCUGAGCUGUGAGAAGGUGGACCUGCUGGCCAGUCUGGAGACCACGAGGAGCACAGUGAGGCAGCUGGAAGCACAAAACCAGGAGCUGCAGAGACAGUCAGCCGCUCUGGAGAGAGACCUGCUGGCAGAGAGAUCGAUGAAAGAACAGAAGAUCAAGGAUUUGUCAUCUGCCACAAAGGAGUUAGAAGAGCUGACAGCUCAGCUCCGCAAGCAGCAGCAACAGUCUCAGCAGACUGCCCAGGAGCUGGAGCAGCUACGCAAGGAGGCGCAGCAGAGCUCUCUACUGGACAUGGAGAUGGCCGACUACGAGCGACUGGUGAAAGAACUCAACGCCAAACUCUUAGAUGGAGAGGAGUGUGCCGUGGAGUUAAAGGCCCAGAUAAACACACUGAACCAGAAGGAGGACACACUCAAACAGGAAAUCCAGACUUUGAGGUCCCAGCUGGACCAGGGGGAGGAGAAGACCUCCAAGAUGAAACAGCUGCUGGUGAAGACCAAGAAGGAGUUGGCCGAUGCCAAAAUGCAGGAAAGCUCCCUCAUGAUGCUGCAGGCCUCUCUGAAGGGAGAUCUGGAGGCUAACCAACAGCAGCUAGAAAGCUCCAAGAUUGAGGCAUGUGAGCUGAUGGCCGAGCGCCAUCAACUGCAGGAGCAGCUGAGGUCUGCGCUGGAACAGCAGCAGAGAAGCAGCAGCUCCCUGCAGCAACGCAUCAACAGCCUGCAGCAGGAGAGGGACAUUGCUAAGGCUGAGCUGAUGUCAACGACAAAUGAGUUUGAGGGUUACAAGGUGCGAGUCCACAAUGUGCUCAAACAGCAGAAGAGUAAAACCACGGCCCAGAGUGAAGGAGACUCCGAGAGGACGCAGUUGUCCUCUGAGGUGGAACAGCUGAGGUCCAGGCUGGCAGAGACUCAGCAGAGCCUUCAGAGCAGCACGGCAGAGCUGCAGCAGCUCCAGAGUGAGCACGACACUCUGCUGGAGAGACACAACAGGAUCUUCCAGGAGACCGUCAGCAAGGAAGCCGAGCUCCGCGAGAGGCUGCUGCUGUUGCAGGCGGAGAACAUGGCUCUGAGGACAGACCUGACCCAGGCUCAGGCUGACCUGUCCUCACAGGUGGAGGCCCAGAGGCAGACCUACAGGGAGCAGCUGAGGAAGCUGCAGGACGACCACCGAGCCACCGUGGAGACCCUGCAGGGCCAGCUGACCCGCGUCGAGGAGCAGCUCUACAACCUGCAGAGCCAGAACAAUUCAGUGGUUGUGCAGUCCAGCCGUAAGUCCCUGAUGUCGGACUCCCGCAGAAACACAGAUCCCAACCAGGCGGGGCUGGGACUGAUGACCCUCAGCGACCUGCAGUCUAUGGCCAGGGAGGAGGGCGAGGGAAUGGAGACCACAGAGACCGAGAACUCUUCUCCUGCCCGUACGCCCCUGCCCUCUCUGGAGCAGCUUCUCACCUCCCCCAACCCCAAACAAGAGCCAUUCUUGUGGACCGUGGAGCCGACCAAAGAAGAGCUCAGUCAGAAGCUGAGCACGGCCACGCGGAGUAUGGAGCAUAUGAACGGCCUCCUGCAUGAAACGGAGGCCACCAAUGCUGUUCUCAUGGAGCAGAUCACCUUGUUGAAGAGUGAAGUGCGUCGUCUUGAGCGAAACCACGAGAGAGAGAAGAGUGUGGCCAACCUGGAGUAUCUGAAAAACGUCCUGCUGCAGUUCAUCUUCCUGCAGUCUGGCAGCGAGAGGCAGGCGUUGCUCCCUGUCAUCCACACUAUGCUACAGCUCAGUCCAGAGGAGAAAAGCAAACUGGCUGCCAUUGCACAAGGUGAGGAAGAGGGGUCUGGGUCUCGAGGCUCAGGAUGGAGCUCCUAUCUACACAGCUGGUCUGGGAUCAGAUAGAAUUGAUGAUCAACCAACUCAAAAAAGUAAACAAUAGGAGCAUAUUAAGAUUGUUAUUGCGCCUUUUUCUGUGAAAAUGUGUGUUAAGAUGUGAUUCUGUUUAUUCAAGUCACAAAGUGGUUGGUUAGGGCAUUUUACAAAAUAUGAGUGUACGAUAGAAGGGACCAAGAAAUGUAUCAGAAAAAGGAUGAGGAACUGAGUGUAAAAGAUUCAACAAAACCUUUUUACAUAAAUAUUGAUUUUAAUUUGCGGUUUGGUAGUUACUUUAAUCUCUUAAUCUCUUGCAAAUCAAGUGAACUGUGAACUAUUUCCGUCUUCCUUACUCUAACUAUUGAAAAAUAUAUGUAUACGAUAUUUACUGGACUUAAAGGUUCCUUGAAGUAGAGCUCAUAGUGCAUUGAGACAUCAUUAGCACUUUGAAAAACAUUGUAUACCCCUAGACAAUGUGCACAUAUUAUGGGAGAAUAAUUAAUUGAAGGGAAAACUGAGUGGGGUAUGGCAUGAUACAACUUGAACAUCACUUUUAGACUUAUAUUGGGCAUGCUCUGUGUAGCAGUGCACUUAAUGGGCUAUGCUUGCUCUUUUGGUUCAUAUCAAACACGCUUCACAUUUCUUUUAAAGAAAGUUUAAGAGCAUUUUACUACCUGAAAAAGCAGCCAUGUUUUUCAUUUUUGAAAUAUGUAAAUUCACAUGAAACUCGCUCUUUUUUUAUUAAUUGUGGCCUGGAUGGUAGAAAAAAGACAUCAAGAAAGCUUACAUUCUUUAAAAAACAACAAGCAGUAAGUGUUUUUGUUGAAUGUAUGGGUUAAAACAUGCUAAACCAUAAAUGUUUAUCAUAAUUUCACGUAAAGUACGAAGGUGUGCAUGUGUCUACAGUUUGACCGCAUAUUUAUUCUUUUUUUUUUCACUGUUUUUGCAUUUGUUAACUAAUGCCUCAUUCUGAGAUUUGGAGCGGUUCUUAUUUUCAUUCCUUGAGUUUUGAUUCAUCAUAUCCUGUAGUGAUGUUUGGGAUUUUUGUUCUGGUUACUGUGUAAUUUGUCGUUACUGCUUGUUGUGGCUGAUGUUAUUAUUUAAUGCCAAAUUAUGAUUUCAAUGGUUUCUAUGUCUAUUUUGGGAAUACUUUUGGUUUUGUCGGAUGUUGCGCUGUUGUUUAAUCACUGAACAGGAAAGAUUUGUUGCAACUUCAUCUGCUCGACUGUCUUGUUGAAGGACGGGACAUUAGGCACGUCCUCCCUGCUAAAGUGCCCUUGAGAAAGACUACCUAUCAGACCCAUGGGUGCUGCUCUUUACAGUGUCUGACCAUGACCUCUGACCUCCCUGUGAAGGUGGGAGAAGAGACAACUCUGCAUAGAAAGCACAUCCACCCCCUCUUACUUUACAUUCAUUCCAUUUUGCUCAUGCACAAACAAAAUUAAGUUAAUUUCCCGGUUUCUUUUUUCAUUCCAGUGGCAGCUUUGUUUGUGAUUGCAUCAGCAUAAGUGAAUGUAUUUGUAUCAAAGGCUUUUAUAUUUAUGAUGGUUAAUGUCAACAGAAGCUAUGAGAGAUUACCGUAACCAUAACAUUGAAUCUGUAAGCAGUAACAGUAUGUUAACUACUUCACUGUACAACUUAUUUCAGAGACAGCUCUUGUUUAUCUUUCCUGUUAUUUCUGACUGUAAACUAAAAUAAAGUUAAUGGAGAAGAAAAUA